GUGACGUAUUAGGCUAAUUAGCAGAGAGGAUGUGGAGGUGAAGAAUGAGGGGAAUUGGGGUUAUCAAGCUUUCAUUGUUCAUUUGAGUGGGUGUAUCAUCCACUCAUGCCAUCUCUAUCUCGUCUCUCAUAAUAAUCAUCUUAUACAGUCCAUCAAGCUCUCUACGCAUCACCAGCAUCGUCUUUCUGCCACAAAUAUCACUAGCAUAGAUCGAACUAUAACAUGGCUGCUCAAACAGGCUUGGAUGUUCUCCGUACGAGAACUAUUGUUGACUGUGAUACCAUGGACGAAGAAGUUGCCAGAACCCUAGGUCCAUUUCAAGACUGUACCUCCAAUCAAGCUAUCGCGUACGGAGAACUUUCCAAACCCGAUCAUAAGGAAUUGAUCACUUCCUCUGUUGUAAAGGCUAGGAAUCUCUUAUCUCGGUUCCCGGGCCUUUCCUUGGAGGAAUUAGCUAUAGAGAUAGCGAUGGUGAAACUGGCCUUGAGAAUUGCUCCUCAUAUCAGCGGCCAUGUCCAUAUCCAGACAAACCCUUACUAUUCUUACUCAGUCGAGAAGACUACUGUCAACGCUCUCAGAAUUAUUCAACUCUUCCAGUAUUUACAACCAGGUUUCGAGCAGUCGCGUAUCUGCAUCAAAAUCCCAAGUACAUGGGAGGGUAUGGUAGCCUGUAGGACCCUCGAACAAGCUGGGGUACGCACACUCGCCACCACUCUCUUUACCCUAACACAGGCGGUGCUUGCUGCGGAGGUUGGCUGCACAUAUGUAGCACCCUAUGUCAAUCAACUUAAAGUACACUUCGAGCCUGGCUUCACGGACCCAAACAAGCUGCUACCUCUCUGUGUCGCCAUCCAGAAGUACUAUAAAUCGGUCAAUGCUAAAACCCAGGUUCUUCCAGCCAGUUUAACUUCGACAGAUGAGAUAUUUGCGAUGGCCGGUGUAGAUCAUAUCACCAUCGCGCCGAAUCUCUUGCAGCAGCUCUCGCAGCCAAAUUCGGUGCCUCAGAUCCAGUCUUUGUUCGACAGUGACGCUCCUGCAUACCUCCCUUUGUCGUCAGUGUCGUACGUCAAUGAUGAAUCGGCGUAUCGUCUUGCCUUCACUAGAGACCUCCAUGGGGCAAGCGAGGAAAAGCUGACUCAGGCUGUCAAUAUAUUCUGUGACAUGCAAGACAAGCUGGUCCAGCUUAUGAAAUCUGUGGUGUAAGAUGCACGUAAGGAGAUGACUCAGCCAGGGGGAGCUUCAAAAGAACGAUGGAUAGUAUGAGUUAAUAGGAACUA